CUGAUAGCUCCACCUCCAACACCAUCAAUCCGCCAUAAUUUCGAGACUUUCAAAGCUCGGUGUGAUAUCACGUGAUUUUCUGCUUGUUUUUUUGAAUGUGAGUGGAAAGCUUCAGUUCUUCGCCUUACGAUGAACAUUGAAGAAAAGUAAUUUCAACGACAAGACAGAAGAUUUGAUCAAUAUGUUAUCAAUAUUGCGCAAGGCAAGACUUAAGGAUAAGGAGAUGAGAAUUUUGAUGCUGUAUGAGGCUAUUCCCCCACGAGCUUUCUUUACCUUACUGAUUGUUUUCUAAUUUUGUACAGCGGACUGGAUAAUGCUGGCAAGACUACAAUAGUCAAAAGAAUCAUGGGGGAAGAUGUCAAUACUGUGAGCCCAACGUUGGGUUUCAUCAUCAAGACUAUUGAACAUGCUGGGUACAUAUUAUGGCACCUGUGGAAGGUUACAGCACGCUGACCUUUUGAAGUUACAAGCUGAACAUUUGUAUUACCUCUUUACCUUGAGAGUACUUCCAGUGAUUUGCACGCUGAAUCUUUUAAUUGUAGGGGAUGUUGGUGGACAAAAGACUCUCCGAUCAUACUGGAGAAACUAUUUUGAGAAGACCGAUGCCUUAAUAUGGGUGGUUGAUGCCACCGACCGUUUACGUAUCGAAGAUUGCAAGGAAGAGUUGCAUGCUUUGCUUCAGGAAGAGGUUCGUUUAUGGUAAAACAUUGAUUAUAGCAACGCCAAUCACUAAUACUCUUCAUAGAGACUUUCCGGUGCGAGUCUCCUUGUUUUCGCGAACAAGACUGAUGUCAAUGGCUGUAUGACGAAGACAGAGAUUAAAGAUGUGAGUGAACCUGCAAAAAAUGCCGAUGUGAAGUGUGAAGUGUUGUCGUCAAGAGAAGCGGACAUACUAACCGGAAAUAGAUGUUGGUGCUAGAUGAAAUUCGGACGCACAAAUGGCACAUCAUUAAUUGCAGCGCGAUAACAGGCGAUAAUUUAGAUGAAGGAUUGACCUGGGUAGUUGAAGAUUCCAAAGAACGAUUGUUUCUAUAUUGAGGUCGUUGGUCAUGAGGAAAGUCAGAAAUUGACUAAUACUAGGAAUAUCCCAUUCAAUCCAUUUAUUAGUGACAUAGUUACGGGGGAGGGAAAGUU